UGUUUAACGAAAAAGCGAAAAAAAAAAACAGAUACUAUGGAGAAAACAGAGGAAAGUGUCGGAAUCAGAGUCUACACGGCGACUCCGCCGCAGAAAUCAUCGUCGUCACGAUCUCCGAAGUCGAUUCCGAUCUCCCAACUACCGUCCCCCCCUGCCGGAGCCGCCGGCGGCGGAGGCAGAGGCCGGAAACGUCGAAUGGUGGCGAAGGGAGUCCAGAAAACGGUAUCGAAGACGUCGAUGCUCGUCAACUUCCUCCCGACCGGAACUCUCCUAAUGUUCGAGAUGGUUCUGCCGUCAAUAUACCGUGACGGAGAAUGUAACGGCGUCAACACCCUCAUGAUCACCUUGCUCUUGGUUCUUUGCUCUCUCUCUUGUUUCUUGUUCCAUUUCACGGACAGUUUCAAGGCCGGAGACGGGAAGAUCUAUUACGGGUUCGUGACUCCGAGGGGAUUGGCCGUGUUCAUGGCGCCGCCUCCGGCGGCGGAGGGGGAGAUUCCGGCGGAGAUUCCGGUGAACGACGAGAGGUACAAGUUGAAGGUGAACGAUUUCGUGCAUGCGGUGAUGAGCGUGAUGGUGUUCAUGGCGAUUGCGUUUUCAGAUCGAAGGGUGACGAGAUGUUUGUUUCCCGGGAAAGAGAAGGAAAUGGAACAAGUGAUGGAAAGUUUCCCUUUGAUGGUCGGAGUUGUGUGUAGUGCUCUGUUCCUUGUUUUUCCGACCACUAGGUACGGUAUCGGAUGCAUGACCACUUGAGUAUCUUUCUUCCUAUACUCAAUAAAAAUUUUAUUAGUUUGUGUUUUUUUUCUCUUGUAAUUCAGAUUAAAUUAAAUAUG